AUGGACGAUCUUGCGGGCCUGGACUGGUCAAAAGGGUCCAGCAGCCAGAAGCCCGCCAAUGCCAACUACACCUUGAACCCCUCGUUCUCAAGCUUGAAGCCUACUCCUCCCGUCUCCGGCCGUGCCUCGCCGCUGAACAAUACGCCCUCCAAUCCCCCAUCGAAGUCAGCUACGCCAGCUAACGAUAGCUUUGCCAACUUGGUCUCGUGGUCUGCAAGCCCGAAUCCCUCCAACCUCUCCCUGCAGGAGCAGCAGAAACGUCUGGCGGAAUUGAAGCUACAGCAACAGUCACAACAGAAGAGCCAGUAUGCCAAUGGAGAUGAUGCAUUCUGGAAUAACCUAGGAAGUGGGCGAAGCACUCCCGCAAUUGAGUCUCACAAGAAUGGGAAACCAGCACCUGCAGACGCGCCGCAAGACGUUGAUGACUUCCUCGCCGCUUUCAACAGCUCGAGCGCGCAACAGCCCAAGCCUGCGCCCGCGUCCACUCCCGCGCCCGCCGCUCCUGCGCCACAGUCCUCACAAUUCCCAGACGACGAUGACGACCCAUUCGGCCUGUCCGAGUUUCAGCAAAGGGAAGCAAGGAGGACACAGACGGUCGCGACCCUAGCAGAGGAUGACGAUGAUGUGCUUGGACUACUCGGGAGACCCGUUGAUCCAUCCAAGCGGAAGCCAGAUCUGGAUGAGGAGCAGCAACCUGUAAAGCCGUCGAAAAACGCACAUCCACAGGACAGGGCAGUUGCCGAACUGGUGGAUAUGGGAUUUCCGGUAGAUAAGGCUCGGCAGGCCCUCGAGACCACAGCAUCGGGCAUCGAUAUCCAAGCUGCCGUCAGCUCCUUGCUCAACGCUGCUCAUCAACAGGCUAGGGAGAGCUCACAGAAUCGAAACACCGGCAGGAACGGCCAUACCGACGAUGUCCCUCGUCGAGGAAGGGGAGGCCUGAAAACCUCACGACGGCAUGUCGAGGAUAACGAAAGCCCAGUCAUGCAACGCAGAGGACAGCCCCAGGCUGAGAAGGAUCCCAGUCAGAUGGCAGCCGAGUUUGGUACCAACUUUUUCAAGACUGCCAACUCGCUUUGGAAGCAAGGAGCCAAAAAGAUGCAGCAGGCUGUACAGGAGUUCAACUCCGAUAGCGAUACUGGCGGACAGCCUAAAUGGAUGAGGGAAGUCGAAAGCUCAAGCAGCCAAGCACACGCGAAUGGCGGAGAGUCUGCUGGACGACAGAGGCGGCGAAGCUCCACGGGAAAGAGGAAAGAGCAGAGUGCUACAGAUGAAGCGAUGAUGCUCGAAGCGCAAAGACCAACACCUCCACCGCGCGCAACAAAACGGAGACCUGAAGUUCCUGUUGACUCGAGUGCGGAUACGUCCAGGGAUCAUUCUCCCGCUGUACCCUCUCGCCUACGAGAGUCGGCCUCUCCUCAACCUGCCUUCCUACGACAGCAGCAGGCAAGACCAUCGCCUCAACCUGCUGUGUCAAGGACUGUACUCCAAAGACAAGCCAACGAAGAACAAGCUGCGCAAGCCUACGUCUCUUCAGCUCGACGGCGAAAGCCUGCUGUGCAUCCCGCUGCUGUUGCGUCAGAGCCUGAUCUUUUCGACACAUCAAGCAAAGCGGCUCCUCCUCCCGGUCCAGCAAUCUCGCGACCUGCACCACCCAAGGCCGCCCGGAUUGCCACUCGGCCAGCUGCACCCAAACGCACAAUCCCAUCCAUCCCACCGAUGAGCCUAAAAGCUUCACAUACAGCCCGAGAAGCUGGCAACACGCAUUUCAAGCGGGGCGAUUAUUCAUCAGCACAUGACUCUUAUAGCUCAUCGCUCAAGCACUUACCCUCUGAACACCCCCUAACUCUCGUCCUUCUGACCAACCAUGCCCUGACCGCCCUCAAAGUCGGCGAGCCAAAGAUGGCCAUCGCCGACUGCGACGUCGCCAUCACCCUUAUUGGCGUAUCGAAAGGCGAAUCCGAGACCGUUGACUUCCUCGAUGGGUCACCCGCAAAGCCCAUGCGCGACUACUACGGCAAGGCCCUCAUGCGCAAAGCCGAAGCACUGGAGCAGAUGGAACGGUGGGCCGACGCAGCAGUUAUAUGGAAGGAGGCAGUCGAAGGCGGUCAUGGCGGUGCAGCCUCCAUGCAAGGCCGUCUGCGGGCCGAGAAGGCAGCGAAUCCACCUCCCAAGCCCAGCGCCAAACCUGCUGCGGCAAUAGAAAAGAAGCCACCUCCACGUCGCCCCGCAGCGAAGCCAUCAGGCGAUUCUGCAGCCGUGUCACGCCUGCGCGCCGCUAAUGCAGCCGCUGAUAAGGCGGACGACGAGAAGUUUGCACUCUCCGACAGCGUGGAUCUGAAAAUCAACAACUGGCGGAACGGCAAGCAGGACAAUCUACGGGCGCUGCUGGGGAGCCUGGACACGGUGCUGUGGCCCGAGGCGGGCUGGAAGAAGAUCAGCAUGGCGGACUUGGUGCUGCCGGGGAAGGUCAAGGUGCAGUACAUGAAAGGUAUUGCCAAGGUGCACCCUGAUAAGAUUCCGACCGAUGCCACAACGGAGCAGCGCAUGAUCAGCGCUGCCGUAUUCGCCACCUUGAACGAGGCCUGGGAUAAGUUCAAGACGUCAAAUGGCCUGUAG